UGGCGAGCAGCACUUCUUGCGGCUUCACCCACAUCUCGAUCGCCGUGCACACCGCGCGAGGAGGUAUAUCCGACGGUAUAUCAUAUGGUUCUAAGUUGCUAGUAGCUAGUUUAUGAUCCUGAACAUCUCUGAUAGAUUUAAUUCAGUUCUAGUGGAAAUCUCUAAUUGUGGAAGAGAUCAAGCUGAACAGGGAAACAAAAGAUAUAAAAAUGGAAUGUUUGGAAAGAGUUAAUCACCCAGGAUCGUGGGUGAAGGAAAAAUACCAGGAGGUUCAGCAAUUAUUGGAACACGGGGCAAAGAGUGAUCCGAAUAAGCUUUACGAGAAAAAGUCUAAAGCUGUGGAGAUUCUAAUGGAGAUAUUGGAAGCGCUUACACACUGCAAAGAAACUCUCUGCACUGUGGCAGCUGCGAUAACUUAUUUGAAUAUAGGUAUAUUACGAGCUGACAUGGAAGAUACAGGAUUUGCUACAGAAUGUUACAAAAAAUGCAUUGACUUGUUGGAAGACAGCAAACUGACAUCUGAAGGCAUUUUACCAGCUAUAAGCGCUAAUAAUCAAUUGGGUCUAAUGUAUGCGCAACGAGGUUCAUACGACGAAGCUAAAGAUUUCCUAAAGCAAGCAGAAGAUUUAUAUAUUAAGUUUACAGAAGAUAUUGGACUUGAUCCUGUUCAUAUGGUGACCAUUAUGGGUAUUGAGGAGAUAGAAGGAAAUCUGUGCGCCAAAAGUAUUCUCGAGAAGCUUCACACAUUGACUCUGUAUUAUUUAGCACAGGUCUGCCGCGAGUUAGAUGACAAGUGUAAUUUUGCUCUGUAUUGUCACAGAACAUUGAGCAAGCAAUUGAGUCAAAAUAAAAUAACACAAGAUCUGGAUUAUGUCGAUUGGGCUUUAAAUGCCGCGGCAAUAUCUCAGUAUUUCGUAGAACAAGACAAAUUUCCGCAAGCGAGACAUAAUCUAGCUGCAGCGUCAUUUAUAUUGGAGCAAUAUUCUGAAAUCUUGAAGGCAAAAGGCACUAGGGAAACCAGCGAGAUCAUUGCUGCGCAGUACGAAAAUUACGAUCACGGAUCAGCAAAUAUUGCUAGAUGUUGGGCAAAGUACGGUAUUGCUCUCCUGGGAGCAUCUAAAGAGAGAUUAAUGAAAAGGGCCGAGGAAGAGGAUGAGGAUUCAAAGCCUGCGAAAGUUGCCGAUGAAGUUUAUAAAUAUUCUCAUACCGAAACCAUGGAGGAUCCAAGAUUUGUAGAUUUAGAACCAGAAUUAGAAUCGAUUACCAAUGAAGUUACAGAUAUGUAUUUAUUGGAUUUUAACGAUGCCAGACCGGUGUUCUUGAAUGUUCGGAAAUGGUUGGAUAAGGCGAAGGAAUAUUACACUUUCGAGAAUCACGCAUCGGAUUAUGCCUGGAUUGUCCAAGAUCUCUCUCAAGCGUACAAAUACUUGGCGUUCUUCGAAGACAACGAAGACAGGCAGGCGAGAAUGCACAAACGGCGGAUAGACAUUCUGGAGGAAGUAAUUGAGGGAUUGUCUUCGCGGUUUUACCGAAUCGUCUGUAGAGAAAUUUGGAUCGAGCUCGCGGAAACGUAUUCGGAGAUCCUGGACUUGAAGAUUGAUCGUUUGCAAGCAUCCAACGAAAGGCCGACGGCGCACGUGACAGCGAAGAUCGAGCGCCUGGCGAGAAAUAGCAUAAAGCACUAUCAGUCGUACUUGAAUUCUUUAGAGAUGAGCAAAUCCAAAAACGGAGUCGAAUCCUUCUCGGACGACUUGUUUUAUCCAGCGUUGUAUACUUACUUUCAUGUAGGCAGAUUGUAUAAUAAGAUUAUAACUUCUGACAUACAACAAAAGAUAGAAAACAUGCAGAAUAGCGUUGAUGCUUACAGUUUUGUCGUCAAUUACUACGAUAAGCAUCCUGAAAAACAAAAGAAGUUAGAAAAAUACGAAUUUAUAAAAUUAUCUAAAGAAUUUGUCACAUUGUUGCCGCUUACAAUAGAUAGAUUAAAACAGCAACAGAUAAAUCAAUAAUGCUAUUUCUCUCUCUUUUUCAUUUCCGUGACAAUGUUGAAUGAUAUUUUGUUAUAUUUUUCUCUCUAUGCAGAAGACGAUGGUUUUUGUACGAGAGAAUACAGAAAUCUACAUCUGCAAAGCAUAUAUUUAUGUGCGCGUAUUUAACAUAAAUGCUUUCUUAUGUAUUUGC